UACAAGUACUAGCUAGCAGCAGGUGACAUAGUAUUUUUAAACAGGGGUUCAAUUCACUGAAACCAAUGAAAAUGCAAGCAGUUCUCAUCAUCCUUGUUUUCUCCGGUUUACUGGCAGUUAAGACAACGUUAGCAGCACAACAUGUGAUAGGCGGGAGCCAAGGCUGGGAACAAUCCGUUGACUUUGAUUCUUGGACGUCCGAUAAAUCUUUCAAAGUCGGGGACCAACUUGUUUUUAAGUAUUCCGGACUACACAGCGUUGUAGAGCUGGGAAGCGAAGCGGCAUACAAGAGUUGUGACCUGGGAACACCUGUAAAUUCCUUAAGCUCUGGGAACGACGUCGUUAAGCUUUCCAAAACCGGUGCCCGUUAUUUCGCAUGUGGGACCCCAGGGCAUUGCGAAUCAGGUAUGAAGGUUAAAGUCAACGUUGUCUCUACUGACUCCACCGCCGUUUCCUCUCCGGGUUCGGAUUCAAGCUCCGACUCAGAUUCCGGUUCGAACAGCGGCUCAUCUCCGGGUUCGGGCUCGAGCUCCGGGUCGAGUUCGAGUUCGGGUCAUGGGUUACGUGUUUCCAUUGGGUAUAUAUUGGCCGUUGGAUCGUUGGUUAUUGGUCUUAUUUGGGCUUUCUGAGGACUAAGGCUUUUGUAUUGUUGCAUCGAGGAAUAUAUUUUGGGAGGGGAGAAUAUAAAUAAACUUUCGAAUUAUUAAUCCGUAUUUGUUGUAUUUUGCGAAUUUGCGUCAUUAUGUAUUUCGAAUAUUGCAUUUCUGAUUUUGUUAUUGUAUCCGUAUUUCUCAGUUACUAUGGUUUUCUCACCCUCUUGUCCA